GCCCUGCCCACUCAAGGAUCUCGUAUUUGUGGAGCAGUGUGUCUAGCUGCAGCUGUCUGUAGACAGGCAGGCAGGCAGAGAGGCAGUCUGCGGGGCCGGACUGGUGGUUUUCUGAAGGUGGAAGUAUCCCAGCAGCUCAGAGCCCAGGGGCGGCCGGUGGGAGGAGGCAGAGAGUCCGCAGCUGCCGCACCGCACAGCUUCUCUGAAACCCGCAAGAGGAAGGAGGCGCCCGCAUCAACCGAUGUCAACGGAUCUGUCUCAAGGCCCGGACCUUGACGGUUCAGGAGAGCAGAUGACGGACGGAGACGCCAGACUGACGGACAUCUGCAGUGGCGCAGCGGGCGGCAAAAUGGCGACCAUCGCUGAAUACUACGCUGGCAAGAACGUGCUGAUCACGGGGGCCACGGGCUUCAUGGGAAAAGUGCUGGUGGAGAAGCUGCUGAGAUCCUGCCCCGAGGUCAAAGCCCUCUACCUCCUGGUCAGACCCAAAGCCGGCCAGUCCAUGCAGCAGAGGGUCAGCGACAUGAUGACGUGCAAGCUUUUCGACCGAGUGCGGGAGGACAACCCCGACUUCCACCAGAAGAUCAUCCCCAUCAGCAGCGAGCUGGUGCAGCCGGGCCUCGCCAUCAGCCCGGAGGACGUGGAAAAGCUCAGCGGCUGCAUCAACAUCGUCUUCCACUGCGCUGCCACCAUCCGCUUCGACGAGCCACUCAAACACGCCCUGCAGCUGAACGUGAUAGCCACGCAGCAGCUCCUCAGCCUGGCCAAGCAGAUGCAUCACCUCGAGGCCUUCAUUCACAUCUCCACCGCCUAUGCAAACUGCAACCGCAAGUACAUCGACGAGGUCAUCUACCCGCCCCCCGUCGAGCCCAAGAAGCUCAUCGACUCUCUUGAGUGGAUGGACGACGGUAUCGUGCGCGACAUCACGCCGCGGCUCAUCGGCGACAGGCCCAACACGUACACCUACACCAAAGCCCUGGCCGAGUUCGUGGUGCAGCAGGAGCAGGACAAGCUCAACAUCGGCAUCAUCAGACCCUCCAUAGUGGGAGCCAGCUGGCAGGAGCCUUUCCCCGGUUGGAUCGACAACUUCAACGGGCCGAGCGGAGUCUUUAUAGCUGCUGGGAAGGGGAUCCUGCGCACCAUGAGAGCCAACAACGAUGCGGUGGCUGAUCUGAUCCCAGUGGACGUGGUCAUCAACCUCACCCUGGCUGCUGGCUGGUACACCGCCGUACACAGACCUAAAUCAGCUCUGGUGUACAACUGCACGACCGGCGGCAUCAACCCGUUCCACUGGGGAGAGAUUGAGCACCAUGUGAUGUCUUCCUUCAAGAGGAACCCGCUGGAGCAGGCUUUCCGCAGGCCCAACGCCAACAUCACCUCCAACUACCUGAUCAACCAGUACUGGAUCCUGGUCAGCCACAAGUUCCCUGCCCUCAUCUAUGACCUCUUCCUGCGACUCUCUGGACAAAAGCCGCAGAUGAUGCGCAUCUUCAACCGUCUGCACAAGGCCAUCAGCCUGCUGGAGUAUUUCAGCAGUCAGGACUGGGAGUGGAACUCUGAGAAUCUGAGCAUGCUGAUGAGCCAGCUAACCCCAGAGGACAGGAAGACAUUUAACUUUGAUGUGCGCCAGCUGAACUGGCCCGAGUACAUUGAGAACUACUGCAUCGGCACCAAGAAGUACGUCCUGAAUGAAGACAUGUCCGACAUUCCCGCUGCCAGGCAGCAUCUGAGGAAACUGAGAAACAUCCGCUACACCUUCAACACCGUGUUGGUCGUUUUCAUCUGGAGGGUGUUUAUCGCCCGCUCCCAGAUGGCCAGAAACAUCUGGUACUUUGUGGUCAGCCUCUGUUUCAAGUUCCUCUCCUACUUCCGCGCAUCCAGCACCUUAACCAACUGAGUCUCCUUCACCACCUCAAGCCAGAGACAGCAGCGCUCACCUUUAUAGCUGUCAGCGGGACGUAACAUCUGAGACUCUGACCAUCCACAAAGGACACUCUUAAAUCCUCCUUUGAGUGUGGAUUAGCAGGGGGCUCUCUACAGGUGGGGGCUGCGGUCGAGUGAAGCACUCAGAAGGGAAAAAAAAAAGAGGUCUACUAGCCAUGAAUUAUUUGUUUAGUUUGGAAAUCUCUCAUCAGUACCUGCACUGUUCAGUCACCAGACCCCGUCCAAAAAGAAAGUGUUGUUCAUUUUGUACCUACCGUUUUCUUCUCAAAAUGGCCAAUUAUAUAUGCAACAAUAAGCCUUUUUGUGUGACUUCCAUUUUCUUUCCCACAUCAUUGUUUCCAUCCUCUUAAAUCUAGGUACAUUGCCUUGCCUUGUGAUAAUUUCUUUUCAUACUUGAAAUGCGGCAGUGCUUCAGUGGAGGACAAUUUCUAUAUAAGAUUACUUUGGUUCUCUGUUUUUUACUGUGGGGAUAUCCAAUUCCACUCUUUAAUACGCAGGUGAUUUGGAUAUCUGUAUGUCUUGCAUCACGUGUGUCUACUGCCUUUUUAAGAUUACAUCCACAAAACUAAACGGUGGUUCUGUCUCAAGACCCGAUCCACAGAUUAUUGAGACCAGUAUUAAAGCUAAAUUAUGACCACACUGUAUCACAACAUAUACCAAAACAUACAGAUCUGCCAUCAUCCCUGCUGUUGAGGUUGACACUUAUUUACUAUCACAAAUGAUCAUGUCAGUAUGUCUUUGAUCAUAAACCUUGUUUGUUUGAAUGCUCAUCCACUUUUUGCCUGUUUGUACAGCAGUUUGUACUGAAACUAAGUUUACUACUUUUACAUCUUUAUACUUGCGUCAAAGGCUAGUCUGAUAUAUGUGGUAGACCUUGGCAGUGUAUUAUAUAUAAAUAAGAGUACAUCAGAGUCAAGUUUAUUUGUAUAGCCCAGUAUCACAUAUUGUACAAUGUCUACCAACAGUUUCCAACCGUUUUCUAUGUAGGCAAACUCAAUAGGCAUUUCAGAUUUUGGAUGGAAGGAGCCAUAGGUGGAAAAAUUACAAACUAACAAAGUUGGGAUAGUUAGAAAUACAACAAUGGGAUUCAAUCCAAUCAAUCAAAUUCAAAGAUCCAACGCCCAUGUGGUAAAUCAAAGCGUCCAAGGAAUGGGUCCAGUUAAAUAGGUAUAUCGUGAUCCAUGUAGGUAUGUGAGGUUGUAGGACCAAGUAAAGAUGGAGGAGACUUUGCCCCAGUCUGUUUCUCUCAUGUAUUAGCGUUUAAUUUCAGUCAAAGGGUAACCAUCAAUUUUUUGUAAAAAUAAUUACCCGGAAAUGUCUGGAAAAACCCACAAUGUGUGGUUCUGAAGGUAUUUCUAGAAACCUCAGACGCUUGGACGAAGAAAGAUUUCUUUUAGUUCUUGAGGCAGGCCUCUGGAUACUGAAGAGGUCAUGAGGUUUUUUAGCUUUGGCUGAAUAAGAUCACAUAUUUAUGUUAUGGGCAACCAUAAAAAUCGCAAAGCAGGGAGGCUACAAGAAAAGUGAGAUGUUUUUUUCAGAAGGCUUUUAAGCAUGAAGCCAUCUUUACAACUGAUUGAAAUAUAGAGUUGAAUGUCAUCUGCAAAAGAGCGAAUAUCCAUGCAGCCGCUGCAAGUUAUAUUAAGAAUAAAGUAAGUGGACUAAGUACAGAGCCCUGAGGGUCGCCAUACCUAACGUGAUGGAGAAAUGGACUACUAUUUUUAAGCAAGUCAAACUGUGACCUAUAUGUUAGUCUGGACCUAAAUCACGAAAGUGCAACGUUAUAAACACCCCCCUUGACAUCCUUGACCCCAGUUUGGAAGAUCUGUAAAUAGUUGAACUACAUAUUAUUCUUAUAGACUACCAAAAAAUUGUAUUUGACUGUUGAUUUUUGCUUGGUGAGCGUCUUCACAGGAUUCCACCACAGAGCUUCCCACAGAGUCUACCAAAAGUGUUAAGUGUGACAGGCAAGUCUGAUUUUUACUAAACAAACGAGGAAAAACUGUGUACAGUGUUGUAUGUAUUGCAAGGUUUGACUCUUGACAGAAUACAAAUACAUUAACAGUCUUUAUGGGAGAAAAGGGACAAAACUAAAUAAAUGUUUAUGCAAAGCUCAUGUCUGUGGUGUAGUCAUGGUAACUGUCCUCUUACUUUCAGUGUGAACCAAAAUGUCUGCAGUUGUAUGUGGUUUGUAUGACGAAGUGGUUUUCGUCAGAGUUGUUUUAACAGAGCUACAGGGCUUAUUUAAUGGUGUCUUGCUCUUCUGUGUGUCUGUGUGACUAAAUCCAAUCUCUGCUGGUACAGGAAAUCCCAGCUCCUGUUACUGUACGUAACGAACAACAGCAACGCGUAACCGUAAUUACUCCCAUCUUAUACUUUUUGGUGUCAUUUGCUCAAUGUUUGACCACCUGCAUUCCCUGCUCUGACAACACUAUUCAAGUCUGCUUGGCAAAACUGAAAUAAACUAGAAAAGAAAAAGUGUGCUGCAGUCCAUUAAACUUGCCUUCUACCUCCA